CAUGGCCGCCGAUGAAAGCAACCAAGAAGACGAUGGCAUGGUUCCCAUUGGUUUGGGAUGCGCCAACGAAGAAUUCAAAGAAGUUUUGGAAGUAAAAGAGCUGUUGGAUAGCCUGCCCAAUGUUUACAAUGAUCAAAUUGCAAUGGAAACGGUAUUGGAGCGGUUUACAUUUAUCAUUGAUCAGUACCAGGAGCAGCCACAUCUUAUUGAUCCACACCUUGAGAUGUUGAUGAAUAAGCUCUUGACCAUUGGAAGAAAUAUGAACUCCCCACCAGCCCUGCAGAACCUUGCAUUUAAAUGUCUAUAUUUGAUCACAAAGAUGCGAGGAUCGAAGGUUGUGGUCCGCCUGUUUCCCCACGAGGUCGUUGAUGUGGAACCAGUGCUGGCUCUACUCUACAAACAAGACCCGAAAGACUUUGAGGCUGCUGAGACUCGAUACAUCCUCCUGUUGUGGUUAUCCAUGGCAUGUAUGAUCCCAUUUGACCUUGUAAGGCUUGACAGUAACGUCGUACAGGAGAGCGGGGACAUGAGACUGCCAGUCAUGGACCGAAUAUAUAACAUUGCCAUGGAAUACCUGACAGUUGUGGAUAAAUCACGCAAUGCCGCAGCCUAUCUCAUGUCUCGAUUCAUGACCCGACCUGACGUAAAGAAAAGAAAACUUACUGAGUUCAUGGACUGGGCACUGAAAUUCAUUGAGAAUGCAGAAUACAUCACAAUGACCGGAGCUGAUAGUCUUACUGGGGUUUUAACUACAAUCGGCUUGAUGUUCAAACACGGGAAAAGGGAGGACCUGUUGCAAUAUGCUCCCACAGUCCUUGAGAAAGUAGUACGCCAAAAUCUAUAUGAGUGUAACAAUAACCGUCUGCGGAAGUAUGGGGUGAAGGUAGUACAGAGACUGGGAACUACUUUUCUGCCCAGCAGGGUCGCCAAGUGGAGGUACCAGCGAGGCUGUCGCUCCAUCGCAGAUAACCUACAGCUAAGCAAGGAAGCUGUGAAGGAGCGCAUUGCCAUGGAAACGACCAAUGGCAAUGAAGAAGAUGAUGAUGAAGAUUAUGAUAUUCCUGAAGAAAUGGAAGAAGUUAUUGAAAUGCUGCUCACAUCACUGAAAGACAAAGACACCAUUGUAAGAUGGUCGGCCGCAAAAGGUAUUGGUCGUAUCACAGGGCGUCUACCCAAGGAACUAGCAGAUGAGGUUGUGGGGUCAUUGUUAGAGCUCUUCAAUCUCCAAGAGUCAGAUGGAGCGUGGCAUGGGGGCUGUCUAGCCUUGGCAGAGCUUGGAAGGAGAGGACUCUUGCUCCCUGUCAGACUUCCAGAUGUGGUGCCUAUAGUCCUGAAGGCAUUGGCCUAUGAUGAGAGACGUGGGACUUACUCGGUUGGUGCCCAUGUUCGGGAUGCAGCUUGUUACGUUUGCUGGGCAUUUGCUCGGGCUUAUGAACCAAAGGAGAUUGCUAAAUAUGUCAACCAAAUUGCGUGCUCUCUGCUUAUCGCAUCCAUAUUUGAUCGGGAAGUGAAUGUGAGACGCGCGGCAUCAGCAGCUUUCCAGGAGAAUGUUGGCAGACAGGGUACGUUCCCACAUGGCAUUGACAUACUCACCAAGGCGGACUACUACGCUGUUGGAAACAGAACACAUUGUUAUCUAGAUGUCAGUGUGUACAUAGCUGAGUUCUCAGAAUACACAGAAGCACUGAUAAACCAUCUGGCUGAUGUCAAAGUACACCACUGGGACAGUAUCAUACGAGAGUUGACAGCUAAGGCUCUACAUAACCUCACGGAAAAGUUGCCAGAACACAUGGCAAAGACAGUGUUGCCGCAGCUGUUGACCCACACAACGGGCCUUGACCUUCACUCACGACAUGGCACAAUAUUGGCGGUUGCAGAAAUCACACACGCCCUUAGUUCUGUGGCAGAGCAAAAGAACAAAACCAUUGUUGAUAUGAUUGAUAAAGGCAUCAUAGAAGACAUAAAAGGCAUUGCUGCCAAGCUUCAAGAUGCCAAAUUAUUCAGAGGUCUUGGAGGAGAACUAAUGAGAAAAGCAGUUGCCUGUCUGGUGGAGAAGUGUUCGUUAGCCAAGAUGCCAUACCAUAAAGGCCCUGUUAUAGAUACAUGGCAGGAAAUUCUUGACGACUGCUGGAAUCAUGUUGAACCUGAUAUACAUAUGGCAGCAUUAUCGGCCAUCCAGCCGCUAUGUAACGAGUAUUACCAAAUCUCACCGGGAGCUGCCGAUCACCGCAUACAAGAAAUGAUGAUAGAAAAGUAUCUAAGGCAGUUGAGAGCAUCCCAAGAAAUUACAAGACAGGGUCACAGUCUUGCCCUUGGAGCCCUGCCAGAGUUCAUGUUGCGAGGCAAGCUGCGCCCUGUCCUGGCAGGACUUAUCCAGGCAACACAGAUUACGGACAAGGACCAAAAAUGGGCAGAGGGUCGGAGAGAUGCCCUCAAGGCCAUUACGAGUGUGUGUAAGACGGUAGGUGUGGUUCGAGACGGUGACCAGACACAGGUAAUAUGCUCAGGAAACGUGGGACAGGUUUACGAGGCAUUGCUUGUUGCGAUGAAGGACUACACGCUCGACAGCCGAGGAGAUGUUGGUGCCUGGGUUCGUGAAGCAAGCAUGACAGGUCUGCAGGAAUUGACCUCUCUUGCUGUGAAUUCCAGUCCUGACAUUAUUAAGCCUGGAGUGUGUGAACAUGUUAUGUGUAGCCUCGUUCAGCAAUGUUGUGAGAAAAUCGACAGAACUCGUGCACAUGCUGGAAAUGUGUUUUCAGCACUACUCUACCAUGAACCAUCAAUACCACACAUACCAAAUAGAGAAGAACUCCAAGCAAUAUUUACAAAAGAUGUAUGUAAAAGCUUGAACUGGGCCGCGCCAUGUGACACAUUCCCGCUAUUUACACAGCUCAUCAAAUACCCAACUUACACAUACAGCGUAAUUCUUGGACUCGCCGUCAGCGUUGGUGGUAUCACAGGCUUCUUGGUUAAGCACUCUAGUGCAGCAUUGCACUCAUACCUGAGGAAUGUGGCUAAGGAUAUUCCAGAGAUGACCCGAAUCACAUCCACUAUCACUAAAGUGUUCAAGGACUAUCAGAAGGUGGACAGGGUCUCAUUGCCAAUGCUCAAGAUGUUGGACCAGCUGUUAUCUAAAGGCUGUUUUGAUUCUCUCAUCCAAGAAGAAAGCCAUCCAUUCCCAUUGGAAAUGUUCAAGCUGGUGAGGACGGAGUUGAUGCGCUGCGGGGACCCACAGAAACUCCUUGCAAGUGCUGAUGUGUACUGUGACUUGUUGCAGUUCCCUGGUGAGGUGAGGAGAAUGUGCCUCUCCAACCUGUGUAUCUUCCUGUGCCACAGAUUCCCCAGGAUUCGUAAGACAACAGCCAACAAACUGUAUGAGGUCCUGGUCACAUAUGACGACAUUGCUCCGGAGGAAAACGUGGAGGAGCUCAUGACAGUGCUCAGUGAAACACUGUGGGAUGAAGAAAUAGAGAAGAUUAAGCCAGUUAGGAACAAUGUCUGUGUUCUGUUGAAUGUGCCCGUCCCUGUACCACUGAAAAAGGCAAGUUCAUGGCAUUUUCUUAAAAAAAAAAAUGCAAUCAAUUUUUUUGGACAAAUGAUGAUACCCCCAAAACUUAAGAGGUUAUCUACAUAUAUCUACUUCUUAAUCCACUCCCAACCUUCGUGUGAUCUACUCCCAACCUUCGUGUGAUCUACUCCCAACCUUCGUGUGAUCUACUCCCAACCUUCAUGUGAUCUACUCCCAACCUUCAUGUGAUCUACUCCCAACCUUCGUGUGAUCUACUCCCAACCUUCGUGUGAUCUACUCCCAACCUUCGUGUGAUCUACUCCCAACCUUCAUGUGAUCUACUCCCAACCUUCGUGUGAUCUACUCCCAACCUUCGUGUUAAGUUGAGGGACCUGGGCCAUGUUGAUUUAUAGUUAUUAAUGGAAACCAACAGACUGACAAAUAGACAGACUGUCAAACAUCAGUGUCAUGUAGAAUGGGAAUAUUGAAUGCACAAAUAGUCAAUUACAAUGCUAUAAUGGUACUUAUGAGUGUUCGGUUUAAUUUCAACAUCUUUUUCAUGUUCUUUUAUUUCAACUUAAAUACAAUGAAUAGUUAAUUGCAAUUGUAUAAAUUGAUAUAUUAAUAUUUUUUUCUUUCUCAAUUACAGAAAGAAGAUUCUGGUAAUGGCAGUUAGUUUUUGGAUGCCACAAUGAACAUUUGGUUUCAAAGGAUGGAAAGUGCACAGUCUGCUUUUGUCAGAUGCACAUUUUUAUAUGUGUAGUAGGAAAACAAAAAAAUCCAAUGUUGCUUUAGAAAGUAAUUCUGUAAACUUCUAAUUUUAUGUGUUUAAUAAGUGAUACUUCUUUAUGUUUAAUAAGUGAUACUUCUUUAAAUCAUGUAGAAUGUAUACGCCCUUAAAGAUAUAUUGACCUUGAACAAUGAUAACUUAUUGCUAUAGAACAGUUUUAGUUUAUUGACAAAUAAAAGUAUUACUGUUGUCAGACCUGACAUGAUUAUUUAUGUGGUUGCUUUUGCCUGUGAUAGCUUUUACAAAUGAUAUGCACACAUUCUGCAUUCUUAGUAAUAAAUGUUUUGUAAAUUUA